AUGCCCGUUUCAAACGAUAAAAUACCCACCAACCUUCCAAUUCUUGAUUCGAAGAACUACGACAAAUGGUGCAAGAAAAUGAAAGUCUUGUUCGGUUAUCAAGAUGUGCUUGAUGUGAUUACCACCAGUGUUACUCCUCUUGUUGAAGAGGCUACUGCAGCCCAGCAAGCUACUCACAAAGAAGAGAAGAAGAAAGACUACAAAGCUCUCUUCUUGAUACAUUCUUGCGUUGAUAGUGACAAUCUUGAGAAAGUUGGCGAUUGUGAAAAUUUGAGGUGCUACAAGUUACUUCAAAUGGAAGAAAAGGAAACGGUCAACGAUUAUGUGACGCGUGUUACACGUUUGGUGAAUCAAAUGAAGUCUUGCGGUGAAGCUGUUUCGGAGCAGAAUAUUGUAUCAAAAGUGUUGCGUUCUUUAACACCUAGAUUCGAUAACAUUGUGGUUGCGAUUGAAGAAUCGAAGGACCUCAACACUAUGACCAAAGAUGAGCUUCAAAGCUCAUUGGAAGCUCAUGAACAAAUGAUGGAUGAAAGAGGAAACGAUAAGGCGAAAGCGGAAGUGGCUUUGCAAGCUCGUUUAAAUGAAAAGAACAAGAGAUCGAAAGGGAAAUGGUCUUCUAGAAGUAAGAAGAAUUUCCAGAAUUUUGGUGGAAAAGAUCCACAAAAUUCAAAGGGGCUAAAGGGUGAAGGAAGCUCCAAAGAGGAUAAUCAAAGCGACUACAAACCACUCGACAAAAGUUCCAUGAAGUGUUAUAACUGUCAAAGGUUUGGGGAUUUUUUGAGAGAAUGUCGCUCAAAACGCAAGGAAAAUGAUGCGGAUGAGGCUAAGGUAGCUAGGCAAGAAACGGAUGAUGAAAAUACGCUUCUUGUGGUGAUUACGGAGGAGAAUAAUGGCAUGGACAGCAGUAGAAAGUUGCUGGAUAGUGUCGCAACCUGA